GGCUGCACAGGAGCGUCUGGGCGCGUCGUGUGCACGAGCCGCUCCCGCCACGUGGCGGCGCGCAGGACUCGAGACCAGCCGCGGGGCGGGGCCCGACAGGCAGGCGCGUGCCGUCGCCUCGGGGAGCGCGCGCCGCGGCAGUUUGGGCGCGCGGGGCCGCCGUAGCGCGGCCGGUGGAGCAUGGCGCUGGGCUCGGAGGCGCUGCGGGAGCGGCCGGUGCAGCUGGCGCUGGUGCUGGCCUUCGCCUCGGGCGUGCUGGUGGGCUGGCAGGCCCAGCGCAUGCGCAGGCGCUUCCUGGCCUGGAGGAAGCGGCGGCUGCAGGGGCUGCUGGAGGCCACGCAGAAGAAGCUGGACGUGGCCUGAGCGGGCUGCGGCGGCGGUGGCGGGGUCGUGACCUUGGGCGGCCCCGUCCCGGGCGGAGCGGCGCCCUGGGUCCCUGCCACGCCCCGGGUGUGAUCGGCCCCGCUGGGCCUCAGGCGUGUCACGGCCCGAGCCAGCCUUAUGCAGAUGAAAGCUGACAACUGAAUGAAAAUAAAUGGACUCCUGCUGCAUUUGUAUCUAAACACAGUUUAAAAGAUGGACUUUAAAAACAAAUGUUUUGAAAAGCAACCAUAUUCUAAAAAAGAAGGCAUCUGUGGUAUCAUACAAUCUCAUUUGCCCAAACUGACAUCAGCAAAAAUUAUCUUCACAUGUAUCAGAAUAACCUAUCCUCCAAAAUGUUAUGGGGUGAGCUUAAUUAAUUCAUAUGUAUUAUGACUGUGCAAACCUGUCACAUUAUGUUUUUAAGGGAUGUUUGUGUCUGUUUUGCUUUGUGAUUCUUAAGGCUCAUCCGGAGCUACAUUUGACCCCUUACAUUGUAAUAAAUUAAACUAAAAAUUAUAUAAUUUAAGUUACUUACUAGUAAUUUGUAAAAAAGUAUCUGUUAAGUGGGGAGUGAAAACAUGUAAAGAUUCUGACCUUAAACAUUUUAGAACUUUGAAAGUAUACAACCCAAAAGGGUCGGUCAAAAAGAUUAAGGCAAAAGCAUACUAGUGUACACUGAUAAGAUAAAUUCGUAUAUUAAAUCAAUAAUGCUGGGGUUCUUGUCAGAAUUCUCUAUUUUUGCUGAAUUUCAAUGUCUAGGUCUCUUACCAACUCCAUAACUAAGAAUACAUCAGCCCUUUCUACGCCACAGCAUCACUUCCAGCAAAGAUGCUGGACAUCAUGAAUUAAAAUCCUUGGGACUUCCUUUUUGAUUAAUUUUGCUGGGCCUCAUGCUACAUAUAUGUCAGCUAUCCCUAUCUUGCUGUUACUUCCAUGCAUACGUGCACAGCUUUCCCCUCCAAAAAUAAAUCUCCUAAUCAACACAUA